UAUUCGGCUUCCCCUUCUCCUCCCCGCUUUCCUCCCUCGCUUAUGUGACAUAGUAAGUGUACAAACGACAAAAAGAAAAGGUUUACACAUGUACACCUUGUUUCACGUGAUUCCAUUUUACUCUUUUAUCUCUUUUCUUUUCUUGUUUCUCUCGCCUUCUCUACUUCAGUCCUCUUUCUUCUCCUUCUCAAAUGAAACCAGAUGAAUAUUGAGAAAACAAAAAUUAACCAAAAGAACUUCUAGUUGAUGUUAAUCAUAAAUUGAAAUCAAAUCGUUGAUUUAUUUUCUUGAAACAAAUAAACCAAAAAAUCAUAAAUUCCGAUAUUGAUUUGUAAGUUGUGGUUUAAUUGGAUAUGAAUCACCCAAUUACUCAAAUUACCCAACAAUAAUAAAUCACCAUCAGUUCAUCUCCUCGUGUCAACAACUCCACCAAAUUGCUUCACAAAUCGAACCCAUCUUGAUGCCAACAUCAAAAUUAACUCAAACCCCUUCCUACAUAACCUUAUAAACUUGAAUUACAUCAUAUCUUGACCAUCAAUCUCAACAGGUGCUUGUUUUUUCCUGUUGUUGUGCUCAUAAACAGAUCCCAAAUCAUUCUCGAAUCGGUACCAUCAUUAAAUAGCAUCAGCUUCUCCAUUCUCUCAGACCCAUGUUGAAUUCCUUCAAAACCCAUUCAUGAUAAUUCGAAACCCUAAUUUGCAAUCUCUUCUCUUAAUUCAGAUUUGCUAGCUCAGAGAACAUUUGGGAAAUAAAUUUAUGCAGGAAAAAAUCCGAGUUGCGCUUUAUGUGCAGAAAGCUGCUCUCCAAUUUAUUGAUGCUGCUAAAAAGGUUGACUAUAAGCUCUCAGAUGAGGCUAAGAAGGCUGGCUUCGGCAUUGACCCAGGGGAACUUGCAUCAAUCGUCCGUGGUCAUGAUUCCAAGGGAUUUAAACUCCAUGGUGGAAUAGAAGGAAUUGCAAGUAAAGUUCGUGUGCCUCUCCAUAAUGGCAUAAGUGAAACAGAGGUACCUUUGAGACAAAAUAUAUACGGGUCCAAUCAAUUCACAGAGAAACCUCCUAGAAGUUUCUUAUCAUUUGUGUGGGACGCAUUACAAGACUUGACUCUGAUCAUACUUAUAGUUUGUGCUGUGGUGUCCGUUGGAGUUGGCCUUGCCACUGAAGGGUGGCCGAAGGGUAUUUACGAUGGCUUGGGAAUUAUACUUAGUAUUAUAUUGGUAGUCAUGGUUACGGCAGUGAGUGAUUACAAGCAAUCUUUGCAGUUCAAGGACUUGGACAAGGAAAAGAAGAAGAUUAUAGUCCAGGUGACCAGAGAUGGAACUCGACAAAAAGUUUCUAUAUAUGAUUUAGUGGUUGGAGAUAUUGUUCAUCUUUCUAUUGGAGAUCAGGUUCCUGCUGACGGAUUUUUCAUUUCGGGUUAUAGUUUGUUAAUCGAUGAGUCAGGAUUAUCUGGUGAGAGUGAGCCAGUGAAUAUAUCCGAAGCAAAACCGUUUCUUCUUUCAGGGACUAAAGUACAAGACGGGUCUGGUAAAAUGAUGAUAACUUCAGUGGGUAUGAGAACUGAAUGGGGUAGGCUUAUGGAAACCUUGAAUGAAGGAGGUGAAGAUGAGACACCAUUACAAGUGAAGCUUAAUGGUGUUGCCACCAUCAUCGGAAAAAUUGGUUUGGCUUUUGCCAUCUUGACGUUUAUGGUUCUUACGGGAAGACUUCUGGUGACAAAAGUAAUGCACAACGAGUUAUCAAAAUGGACUUCUGACGAUGCAUUGACGCUUCUCAAUUAUUUUGCUACUGCUGUGACUAUAGUUGUGGUGGCCGUUCCAGAAGGCUUGCCGUUGGCUGUAACAUUAAGUCUUGCCUUUGCAAUGAAGAAACUGAUGAAUGAUAGAGCUCUUGUCAGACAUCUUUCGGCGUGUGAAACUAUGGGUUCGUCCACUUGUAUAUGCACAGACAAAACAGGAACACUUACAACUAAUCAUAUGGUAGUUGACAAGAUAUGGGUCAGCAAUAAAACUGAAGCAAUCAAAGGGAAUAAAGGUGUGGAAAAUUUGAAGUCUAUGCUAAACCAGAAAACUAUGGACACCCUUUUACAAUCCAUAUUUCAAAAUACGGGGUCUGAAGUAGUCAAAGGAAAAGAUGGAAAGAACACGGUUAUUGGUAGUCCAACAGAAUCUGCUUUGUUAGAAUUUGGUCUGGUAAUGGGAGGUGAUUUUGAUAGUCAGCGACAGGAAUUUAAAAUAGUGAAAGUUGAGCCUUUUAAUUCAGUCAGAAAGAGGAUGUCAGUUCUAGUGAGUCUACCAAAUGGUGGUUCCAGAGCAUUCUGCAAAGGGGCUUCGGAAAUCAUCCUAAAAAUGUGUAGCAAGAUAAUUGAUGACAAAGGAGAAAUUGUUGCUCUAUCAGAAACCCAGAGCAGAAAAGUUAUCGAAAUCAUUGAUGGUUUUGCAAAUGAAGCAUUGAGAACCCUUUGUUUAGCUUACAAGGACAUGGAGGAAACGUCGAAGAAAGUUAACAUUCCUGAAGAAGGUUAUACACUUAUAGCAGUUGUUGGAAUUAAGGAUCCACUUAGACCUGGAGUAAAAGAAGCCGUUCAGACUUGUUUAGCAGCAGGAAUUACUGUGAGAAUGGUCACUGGAGAUAAUAUUAAUACAGCUAAAGCCAUAGCUAGAGAGUGUGGGAUAUUUACAGAUGGUGGUAUAGCAAUAGAAGGCGCAGACUUCCGUAGUAAAAGCCCAGAAGAAACGAGGGAGCUGAUACCAAAAAUUCAGGUAAUGGCUCGUUCGUUGCCUUUGGACAAACACACGUUUGUGACUCAGUUGAGAAAAAUGUUCGACGAAGUUGUUGCAGUAACUGGUGAUGGAACGAACGAUGCUCCUGCUCUACAUGAAGCAGAUAUUGGACUAGCUAUGGGCAUAGCAGGCACAGAGGUUGCAAAAGAGAAUGCAGAUGUCAUCAUAUUAGAUGAUAACUUUCAAACGAUUGUGAAGGUAGCUAAAUGGGGUCGUUCAGUUUAUAUAAACAUUCAAAAGUUCGUGCAGUUUCAGUUGACAGUUAAUGUUGUUGCUCUUAUGAUCAAUUUUGUUUCCGCGUGCUUGUCAGGGUCUGCUCCUUUAACCGCUGUACAAUUACUUUGGGUUAACAUGAUCAUGGAUACCCUUGGUGCUUUAGCAUUAGCUACAGAACCGCCAAAUAAUGGGUUAAUGCAAAGACCUCCUGUUGGAAGAGGAGUGAAUUUCAUUACCAAAACAAUGUGGAGGAAUAUAAUUGGGCAGAGUAUUUAUCAACUAAUUGUUCUUGGUAUUCUUGAAUUUGACGGGAAACGGCUUCUGAAGCUUGGAGAUAAUUCACAUGAUACUAUGGUUCUCAAUACUUUCAUUUUUAAUACUUUUGUAUUUUGUCAGGUAUUUAAUGAGAUAAACAGCCGUGAAAUGGAGAAGAUAAAUAUUUUUCGUGGAAUGUUUGAUAGUUGGGUAUUCGUAAGCGUCAUGACUUCUACUGUGGCAUUCCAGAUACUAAUUAUUGAGUUCCUUGGAACUUUUGCUAGUACGGUUCCUCUAAGUUGGCACUUAUGGUUGCUAAGCAUUUUAAUAGGAUCAGUCAGCUUGGUAGUAGCAGUUAUCUUAAAAUGCAUUCCUGUUGAGCAAGUUAGAAAGGACUCUACCGAUACGCAUCAUGACGGCUAUUCUGCGCUACCUAGUGGUGAUGAAAAUGUGUAACGUGUCCCAGGCAAAUGUUUAGAAUAAUGACCUCUUUAACUCAAAGAUACACUAUAUCCGUUCUUGUUCUUUUUUUGAUCGGUGAAAAAUUUGGCCCUUUUCUUAAUCAAUAAAGGACUUAGUAAGAACGAGUUUGGAGUUCAGAUUAUUGGUAUCAUCACCCGAUAACUUUACCACCGUACUACAUUGACAUUGGCUAUAUAUAUGUUCUUAUAGUGCUCUAAUACUUGAUGUUCUGAUA